AUGGCUUUCUCCCUUAGCGAUGCGGAACUCCAAGAAAUAUACAGCUUUGCCUUGGACUUGGGCCGUAGAGCGGGCAGGAUCCUAAUGGACGGAGUUGAGAGACGAACCGGCGAAGCGUCCGGGAGAGAUGAGAAACGAGAUGUCGCCGGGGAGGAGAAAAUGAAUGCGGUUGAUAUUGUGACGCAGACUGAUUUAGACGUAGAGGCAUUUGUGCUCAAGGAGAUUACCGAGAGAUUUCCGUCUCAUAAGUUCAUUGGCGAAGAAACGUACUCAUCCGGCUCGUCAAGAGAAUAUCUCAUUACGGACGAACCCACAUGGUGUGUUGAUCCCUUAGAUGGGACGGUCAAUUAUACGCACCUGUUCCCAAUGUUUUGCGUUAGUAUUGCUUUUAUUCUUAAUGGAAUACCUGUGGUUGGGAUAAUAUACCAGCCAGUGUUGGAUACAACGUAUUCUGCGCUGGUGGGGUAUGGUGCUUGGCAAGAUGACGGCCAUCACACCAAAUCGCGUAAAAGUCUCCCCUUGGUAAAUAACCCAAAGCAGGUGCUACCACCAAAUGCACCUAAAGGGUGUAUUUUCAGUUGUGAGUGGGGCAAAGACAGAAGGGAUACGGAAGGUGGGAAUAUGUGGCGGAAGGUGAAUAGCUUUGUGAAUAUGGCGGCUGAGAUUGGAGGGAGGGGUGGAAAAGGAGGGAUGGUACAUGGAGUCAGGAGUUUAGGGAGCGCAACACUAGAUCUGGCAUAUGUAGCUGCAGGAUCCUUCGACAUUUGGUGGGAGGGAGGAUGCUGGGAAUGGGACGUGGCUGCAGGAAUAUGCAUUCUCCGAGAAGCAGGCGGUCUAAUCACAACUGCACACCCACCACCUAACCCUGAAACCGACCCAAUUGAAGAAGUACGAUUAGGUAGUCGACUGUACUUGGCCAUUAGACCAGCUGGAGACAGCGAUACGGAGACUGGGCAACAGGCGCAGGAGAGAGUAGUUAGGGAAACGUGGAAACGGGUGCAGAAGUUGGAUUAUUCCCGCCCAGGAGCAUGA